UAGCUCAUCUCGAACUCACCGCCGGCCCUAAUACCAAGAUGGAGGGAAGAGGCUGCAGCAAGGCAGGCCGGGAAAUUAACCGGCGGAAGCGGCCAAUUCACCCAAAACUGAACCAAAUCAUCAACUCAAACAGGCAAUAAACUGAACCAAAUUAUAAACGGAAACAAAUAUUUUUCAAACAGUUGCAGUUGAAAAAAAAGGGCAAUUUCACUAAUAAAAAUAUUCAAUGCGAGAAUUAAUUCCUUCAAAGAAAAAUAUGAUAGGUAGAAAUGUAUUUUAAAUGCACAUUUAUUUUACAUAUGUUUACAUUCUCCGUCCCAUCGACGUUUUGCUUCGUGAAUGAUGAACUCGUCUGUAAGGCAAGGCCGUGGACAGCUCAGUGAGUGUAAGCCCCGAACGGUUUCCACGGUAACAGGUCAAUCAUGUCUACAACCAGAAUGAAGGGAGAGGAUCUUUGUAACUCUCCCAAUACUGAUACUCCAUCAACCGUAAAUAAUGGCAAGGAACGAAAACCUGAAGUUAUCUUGGAAAUGUGACUUGAAAGAAGUUUCGGGAUUACAAUGAAUUGUAAUCUGCAACCCGUUCUAAAAGAUGAAAGACCUAACAGCAAUCUAGAGACGCUGAAAAAAUACAGCCACUGACGCAGGGGGAUAUUCUUCGCAUUGGCACCGUGCUAGGGGAUUGUGUAGACCAACUAACUAUUCUUGGCCUCAUCAUGCCUGUCUCCUAUGAGGAAAGGACAGAUGUAACCAGUAUUGUAGGAAAUGAAAUUGACAUGAUACUGAAAGGUCAGAAGCAAGCGGAAUCAAAGCUUCAGGAGUUGAUAUCUUCCAGAUCAGAUGAAGAGGAGUCUGGAAGAGUCUCCAGAGAACGACAAGCUGAUAUAGGACAGCAAAUCCAGAAGGCUGCAGGUGAUCUUAAGAGAAGCACUCAGCUCCUGAAUACUUCGCUGAAACAGAGUCCACUUAGUCCUGAUAACCUGACAAAAGUACAAGCUGACAGGCAAUUUGCUUUGGAAGUGAUAAGUAACACCUUGCAGGAGCUAAAUAAUUCUGGAACAUUUAUUUCUCUACUGAAUGUUGUCGAAAAUGAGAAGAACGAAAAAAUUAACACCCAAAAUAUUAUCAUCAGAGAAGAAGAAGGCAGAAGAAAAAUUAAAAUUCUGAAAAAACAGCUACAAAAUUUACAAAAAGAAAGAGAGGCUGAUCAGCAGCAAAAAAAUGAAAUGAUCGCCCACCUAAAAGACCAGUUGCAAGAGAUGAAGGCAAAGACUGCCAUGGAAGGAAAGUACAUGAAAAAAAAUGCAGAACUGCAGAUCUUCCAGACACAAAAGAAAUGUGCUGAUGAGGAGAAUAAGCUACAAGAAGAGAUUCAGCUUUUGAAAAGUAAAAUAGAUCAGGAGAUUCGGAUACACGUGGAUAUUGAAAAGUUCCUGAAGCAAAAUCAGUCAGAAUUGGAAGAAAGCCUAGAAUUUUGGAUGGAAAAAUAUGACAAAGAUGUUGAAACUAUGCAGAGUAAUCUGAGUACUCUGAAAACAUCAAAAAUCAGUGAUUUACAACGGCUUAAAGAAUACUCUGAAAAGUACUUGACUUAUGAGCGAGUAAUAAUUGAGGAUAGGGUCGAGAGAGAGAACGAAUGGAAGAGAAGAACACGAGAAGAGUUAGAAUUUAAAAGCAUUGUAAAGCUCCAAUCGUGGUGGCGAGGAGUCAUGGUUCGCAGAGGAAUCGGAAUCUAUAAGUACAUUAAAAAAAAAGGAGAGAACAAAGGAAAGGGAAAAGGCAAAGGAAAGGGAAAAGGGAAGCCAACUGAUAAGAAGUGAUGCUUUUUUUGUGCAUGUUCAUUAUCCAUCAAAUUAUUUAUUUUGUGCAAAAAUAAGGUAUUACGAGACAAUACAAACGAAUUGAAGAAAGAAAAUUGCUUAACUAAGUUGUAUUGACUGAAGAAAAGUUUAAUUUAUUAAAAAUCAGGUGGCAAUCACAAUAGGACUUUUAAAGAAAGGGGCAUGUUUUUCAAUGUUUUAAUGCUCUACUUUGACUUUUCCACAGUAUUUUAAUUUUCAAACCCUAUCAACCUCUAAUAUGCCAUUUUCCUCCUUAAUUGCUUGCUAUACUUGCCUGUCUCCUUUAAGUGCCUGGUGUGCCAUGGCACUGAAAUCCCUUUGUACAUCCAUACUUCCCAAUAAAUCAUUGUUUGUGCAAUCCUGUGAA